AUGCAUAUCUCAACAGCUUGCGUCUAUGCCAUUUUGGCAGGACAUGCAAUUGCGGGUCCUUAUCCUCGAGACAGAGUGGACCAAUUGCAAGAUGCAGGCAUGGAAAAGCUGAAGGCUUACCUUGCACAGCAUCCGCCCAAGUCCGGCUGUACGCUGGAGAAAGCCAUCAAGAGAAAAGAAUGGUCAUCUCUCACUCUGGAUGAGAGAAAAGAUUACAUUUCUGCCGUAAAGUGCCUUGCGACCAAGCCCCCAAAGUACUCCGCCUCAGUAGCACCUGGGAGCAAGAGUCGAUACGAUGAUUUUGUAGCGACUCAUAUCCAGCAAACCCUGAGUAUCCACGGAACCGCCAACUUCUUAUCUUGGCAUCGAUACUAUGUAUGGGCCUAUGAGAAGGCAUUGAGAGAGGAAUGUGGUUACAAAGGAUUUCAGCCAUACGAACACUGGCCCUACUACGCAGCCGACCCUCUAAAGUCACCUGUUUUCAAUGGCAAUGAAACUAGCAUGUCCGGCAACGGAGCGAAGGUCCCGCACCCCGCUAUUGCCUUUGGUAGCCUCAGUAUACCGCCAGCUGACGGCGGUGGCUGCAUUCUGGAUGGGCCUUUCAAGGAUUUCAAAUCCAACCUCGGCCCUGUCGCCCCCGUCCUCAACGAUGUGCCCCGUAACCCCCGCCAGGACGGUCUGGGAUACAACCCGCGAUGUCUCCGCCGCGACAUCAACCCUAACUCGUCCAAGUUCACUUCUGAAGCUUACACGUACAGUCUUAUUACUGAAAACAAAGACAUCUACUGGUUUCAGACUGUGAUGCAGGGUGAUAUGCAAAAGGGUAAUCUUGGUGUUCAUGGCGGUGGCCACUUUACAAUUUCUGGAGACCCAGGUGGUGACUUCUACAACUCGCCAGCUGACCCCGCGUUCUGGCUUCAUCACGGCAUGGUCGACCGGACUUGGUGGAUUUGGCAGAUGCAAGAUCUCAACACUCGCCUAGCAGCCGUCUCUGGUACAACAAGAAUGAUGGACUUUGGAGCGCCGAACGGCACAUUGAAUGACGAUGUUGACUUGUCUGUCAACGCACCGAAAGUAAAGCUUGGGAACUUAUUGGACACGAUGAACGGGCCUUUCUGUUACAUUUACGUGUAG